UUUAUCAAUAAAUAAUUUUGAGAAUGAUUUCGAUCGAGAACUUGCACUUUUAGCUCGACUUCUCUUCUAAAUAUGAAAAAUAUAUUCGCGAAUUAAAUACAUGAAGAAUUAUUGAAAAAUCAUCAGUUCAAUUUAGAAUGUCAACGCAUGAAGAUGAAACUUCUACGUCGUCGAAUACUAAUUUAUUUCAAAUGUUGAAAUUCGAAGAACUGAAAAUCGAUCUAGAUGAUCGUGUUUUAAAUCAUUUACACAGCGAAUACCGUGGAGAAGGGAAUGAAAAUUUAGUUUUGUCUUUACCAGAGAUCAGAUUCGUUCUCCGGUUACGUAAAAGUCACACAAAUGAUGUCAUUAAUUCAUCAUGGGAGAAAGAAAAACUGAAGAUAUCUCUACUAUACUACAAUAUUGUGUUACUGCCUUUCCUCUCUGAUAGAUAUUUAACGCUUCCAAUAAUAGCUGAAAUUUCUGAAACUUAUGUCAAAUACUUGGACGAAAAGUUAUUCCACGAACGACCUGGCCAUCGAAGGGAUAAGAAAAUUGGUUUCAAUGGUAUAGAAAUUCAUCCAGAUUAUACGUUCCUAUCCCAAUACAGUCAUUAUCAACGUCUUGAAACCCCUCCUUCGUUGGGUCAAGCAUUAGAAUCAGAUUCGCUGAAGAAAUUAUUUUCUCACGAUUAUUUAGAUUUUAGGAAUUACGUAUACUCGCUUCUGACUAUUCCAGCUUUCGUUAGCGAUUGUAAUCGUACGAGGGAACAUCUGAAUAGAACUACUUUUAGCGUGGAAAUAAAACCAAAACAAGCCUGGACCGCAGAACCGUAUCGAAGAUUUGAUGUUUGUGCGUUUUGUAUGCAUCAGUAUUUCAAACUACACGAACAUAAAAUCGAAAGUAAAAGCAGAUAUUGCCCUUUGGAUUUAUUUUCUGGGAUCGAAGAAAGAAUGGAAAAUGCUUUGAAGGGGCUUCUGUUAACACCUCAGAAUAAUUUGAAGAUUUUCAAAAAUGGAGAAAUGGUGUUCGGAGAAAGCAAAGCAGAUAAUAUUGAACAAAUUUUAGCCGAGUGGUUUUCGAAAUCGCGUAGUGAUGGAGACAUGAACUGGUGCCGAAAUCAUUUUAGUAAAUUAUUGACUACCAUACUGAAGACUGAUUUUAUCCCUGAUCAGAAAUUAGCAUCGUUUGAAACUGAACUGUACGUUGGUUCUAAUAAACAUCAAAUAUGCUCCAACGAGGAAAUUGAACAAAUUAAGAAAGCCUUUCAUGACUCGAAUUUGAAAUGUGAUCAUAACUCAACCGAUCUGCCACAGAACUGUAUUCUUAAUCGUGUUAAGGAAUUACAGAAACUAGACAAAGUUGGCUUAGAAGCAGUUUAUGAUUUUUACGAAACUCAUACGAAAAAAACCUGUUCCGAAUUUUCUCACAUUAACGAUGUGAUAUCCAAAACCAAACCUCAAUCCAGUGAUGCGACAAUGCCAAUUUUGAACGUAGUGGAAGCGUACACUUUAUCAACAGCUGCCAAAGACCUCUCUAUCAUGAUUGCUGUUCAGAAUUUAGCAGAAAAUUCCGGAUCUUCGUCGGGAUUUGUGGUUGACAUUGAUGGAUUCAAAUAUGAUGUCAACAUUUCACUUGUAGAUGUUGGUCCGAAGCCGAUAUCAUGUGUGAGUAAACACUGGAAACGUGAUAAAAAAAUGUUAGCUUCUUGUUUAAAUUAUUUUUAUCCUAAUUUAAACGUAGAGUAGAAUCGAGUGUUCGCGAAAUGAUCUCUUGAAUUAGGUACCUAGAAUCUCUAUUAAUGUUCUGUAUUGUAUUUUUGUUGUUCCUUCAAGUUGCCCUAUUGUUUAGGAAUACGCUUUUAUAAUAAACCCACGUGAUUUUAAUUAUU